AUGGCGUCCAGUCUGAGCCGCUGUGGUCGACAUUUCUUCACGAAAUGUAACAGAUUUAACAAUAUUUUCAAGCGAAUCCAAGGAGUGAAUGCCGUCCUGUCAUCAGAGCCAAGACGAGAUCUAUCGAUUCAUGAAUACAUGAGCUAUGAUCUCUUGAGGGCAGCCGGGGUCAGUAUACCCAAGGCAGAGGUAGCCAAGACGCCUCAGGAAGCCUACGAGAAAGCCAAGAGUCUGGGUAGCGAAGAUGUUGUUGUCAAAGCGCAAGUGCUGGCUGGAGGUAGAGGCAAAGGAACCUUUGACAGUGGCCUGAAAGGUGGAGUCAAAUUAGCAUACUCACCGGAGGAAGUCAAAGAUCUGGCCAAGCAGAUGCUCGGUCAGAAACUCAUCACGAAGCAGACAGGGCAAGCCGGACGAGUCUGUAGCGCCGUCUUAAUCUGCGAAAGGAUGUACUCCAGGAGAGAGUAUUACUUUGCCAUCACUAUGGAGAGAGCAUUCAUGGGACCAGUGCUGAUAGGUAGUUCCCAAGGGGGCGUAAACAUUGAGGACGUAGCUGCAGAGGACCCCAGUGCAAUCAUCAAAAUACCCAUUGAUAUUGUGAAUGGAAUUCAAGACGAAGAGGCUGAGAGUAUGGCAAAGCAAAUGGGAUUCUCAGAGAAUUGCCUUCAACAGGCCGCAGACACGUUCAAGAAGCUUUACAAUUUCUUCAUCGACAACGACUGCACAAUGUUAGAGAUAAACCCACUGACAGAGGAUAACCAGGGCACUGUUCUCUGCAUGGACGCCAAGAUCAACUUUGACGACAACGCGGCCUACAGGCAGCAAUCGAUACACGACCUGAAGGACUGGAGCCAGGAGGAUGAGCGAGAAGUUGUAGCAGCUCAGCACAACCUGAACUACAUCGGACUUGAAGGAGAUAUUGGCUGCUUAGUUAACGGCGCUGGUCUGGCUAUGUCCACCAUGGACAUCAUCAAGCUCCACGGGGGGUCACCGGCUAACUUCCUGGAUGUCGGGGGCGGGGCUACGGCUGACCAGGUCAAGGAGGCGUUUAAACUCAUCACGUCCGACUCUAAGGUGCGAGCUAUCUUGGUCAAUAUCUUCGGUGGUAUCAUGCAUUGCGACAUCAUCGCCAACGGCAUCAUAUCAGCAGCUCAGGAUCUCAAUCUGAAACUGCCCAUCGUUGUCAGGUUACAAGGAUCCAAGGUGGAUGAUGCCAAAGCAUUGAUCGCAGCAUCUGGAAUGAGAAUCCUGGCUUGCGAUGACUUGGACGAGGCUGCCAAAAUGGUUGUGAGGCUUUCUACGAUUGUCGCCUUAGCCAAAGAUGUAUCGGUUCACGUGGACUUCCAGUUGCCUCUAUAGGAGGAAUUACAUCUUUAUACUUGCAUGCUGGGCAUUGACAAAGGGGGGCCGGGGGGGGGG